GUGGUUGCUUCUUCAUCGCAGCGGGCGACGCUCUUCAGCCCUUGAAGCCGAGUGCGCAGCCGGCGUCGCCCAUGGAUCUGGCGGUCGGCGGUCGCACCCGAGCCUCUCCCCGCCCCCUGGUCUCCGACGAGCUAGCCAAGAGGCAUCAGAAGUACGGCCUCAAGCGAGACGACCCCUUCACCAAGCAGAUCUCGACGUCGACGACGUGCGCUACCGCUCUGGCAGUGAGCGCUGCCGCGGCCUGCGCGCAGUACGACGUCUUCACAUGGGCCCAGACUGAUUCCAAGUGGACUCUCUAUGGACAUCCGUCCGGCGGGCGCAAACGGAAGGGAGCCAUUUGGCUCACGCUUGCUCGCCGUCAUUACCAACGCCUUGUAUUCAAAGCUGCGCUGCCAGCUGGUGUCGAAGCACAGUGGAAGGACGGCGUGCUACCGUACCCCGUGGACUUCACUGGCGGCGCCAAGAGUGUGGCCAGCUCCUCCGACGCCAAGAUGAGUAGGCUGACGAACCUCUUCUGGUUCAGCCUGGUGAUCAUCUCGAGUGCCCCUGUGGACGUGGACCGACUGGCCUCGCGCCGCCAGAACGCCGCCCAGAGCGUCGUCGACGCUGGCGUCAACGUUAAGGCAAACGAAGAGCAAGAGCUCCACCUCAAGUGGCUACGCGACCGUCGCGCCAAGAUCGUGAGCGACCCUGUCAAGCACCAAGAGUUCAAAAGAAAGACAGCCGAAGCAGCCCGCGCGAAGUACGAGGAGACUCGGCGGCGCUACAGGCAGACGCACCGGGUGCGCAUCAACAAGCAGAAUGCGAGGCGGGCCAAAGAGAAGCGGCCAGCCUCGCACCUGGACAACG